CUUAUUUUAGGAUCGUAACGGAGUUAUAAUGGCAGAGAGUCCGUUGAUUGCUGAACACCAUGGCACUCCCAGAAGGAGAUGGAGCAUUGAUAUACCUCCUUUUUAUGCACUUUCUCUGAGGAUUCUUCUUCUGGGUAAAAGUGUGUCUGAGAACAGCCGUGUGGGAAACUUGAUCUUGGGUCGAUCAGCGUUUGACAGUGAAGCUCCUCCAGAUGUUGUGGAGAGAGUCGGAGGAAGACUGAUAGACAGACACGUGACGCUCAUCAACAGUCCUCAGCUGCUUCACACAAACAUCUCAGAUGAUCAGAUCACACAGACGGUUAGAGAGUGCGUGAGUCUGUCUGAUCCAGGACCUCAUGUCUUUAUGAUUGUAUUGCAGUACAAAGACUUCACCGAUGAGGACAGAUACAAAGUGCGAAGUGUCCUGAAGGAGUUCAGUGAAGAUGCCAUCAAACACACCAUAGUGCUCACGACUGAUGAAGAAUCAUAUGGAUCAAUGAUUACUACUUUGGUCAAGAAUAAUGCAGUGAAUCUGUUGAUAAAGGAGUGUGGAGGAGGACAUCUGCAGCUGGAUGAAGAAAACCCAGAAUGGCGUUCUGACCUACCGAAGAGGUUUGAGAAGAUUUUGAAGGGGAAUAAGCAACACUUUCUCACUUGUGAGAGAUUUAAAGAUGUUAAAGAGACAUUAGUUGAAGAAGAGGAGAUGAGAUCUGAGGAAGAAAAUGACCAGAGUGACAACAAUUAUGGAGAUCUUAAAGAGAAAUGCAAUGAAGAGUCAGCAGAUGCAUCUGGACAACAGAAGCUGAAUCUGGUUCUGUGUGGAAGUAAUGCAACACAUAAAGUCUCAGUGUCGAAGCUUCUCAGUCAUUCCAGUCAGACAGACAGCAGUGGAGUGUGUGUGAAGAAACAGAAGAUUCAUGAUCGUCAGAUCAAUAUUGUGAAUCUUCCCGCUCUUACUCGUCUCUCAGAGGAGGAAGUGAUGCAUCAGACUCUCCGCUGUGUGUCUCUCAGUGAUCCUGGAGUUCAUGCUUUCCUCAUCAUUAUUCCUGUUGGUCCACUGACUGUUGAAGAUAAAGCUGAAAUAGACAAGGUCCAGAAGAUUUUUGAGUCCAGAGAUCACUUCAUUCUGCUCUUCACAACAGAGCUCACAGAUGGUGGAUUUGCAAUGGAAUUUGUCAACAUUUAUUCAGAUUGUCAGAAGUUGAUUAGUCUUUGUGGAGGUCAGUACAGAGUGAUUGGGUUUAAGAAACCUGAAGACUCUAAACAGAUCCCAGAACUGCUGGAGUAUAUAGUGAAUAUGAAGACAAAACCAUUCUCACCUGAGAUGUUUGUGAAAGCCCUAGAGAACAGAAUCAGGCGAGACUUGCAGGAACAACAUAUGAAAGAAAUGAGUGAAAUGGAGAGUAAAAUUAAAGAGUUGGAGGACAAGAUUCAGUCAGAAAUUGCUGAAUGUUUAGAAGAUCUGCAGUCUCUGAGGAUUGUGCUGAUUGGGAGAACUGGAAGUGGAAAGAGCGCAACAGGAAAUACUAUUCUGGGAAGAAAGGAGUUUGUUAGUAAAGCAAGAUCGGAUUCAGUGACGACUGUCUGCGAGAAAGGAGUUUGUGAAGUUGAUGGUCGAUCUGUAGCUGUUGUUGAUACUCCAGGACUCUUCGACACAGCACUAACAAAUGAUCAAGUGGUGGAAGAAAUAGUGAAGUGUGUUUCACUGUCAGCUCCUGGACCUCAUGUGUUUGUCAUUGUGGUCAGUGUAGGAAGAAUAACAAAAGAGGAGACCGAAACUAUUGAUCUGAUCAAAAAGAUAUUUGGUCUAAAAUCUGCUCAGUUCAGCAUCGUUCUCUUCACCAGAGGAGAUGAUCUUGAAGAUCAAUCUAUAGAGGAUUAUGUAAGGGAAAGUAACUCUGCAGAACUGCAGAAACUGAUCAGAGAUUGUGGAAACAGAUUCCUGGCUUUCAAUAACAGAGAAAAUCAAGACAAAACUCAAGUGAUGAAGCUGUUAAAGAUGAUAGAAGAGGUGAAGAGUAAUAAUCAGAGUGGAUACUUCACUAACAGCAUGUUUGAGGAGGCGGAGAUGUCCAUUAAGAAGAAGAUGGAGGAAAUCAUGAAAGAUAAAGAAACAGAAAUUCAGAAACAGAGAGAAGAGUUACAAGACAAAUAUGAGAUGGAGAUGAAGGACAUGAUGAAGAGACUCGAGGAAGAGAAACAAAGAGCAGACGAGGAGAGAGAAAAAAUGGAGAAUAAACUAAAGCUAAAAGUGGAAAAACUCAUGAAAGAGUUUGAAGAGAAGGAAAAAACAGAACAGAAGCAGCGAGAGAUUGAAAACCAGAAACGGAUAGAAGAGGAAAAACAGCAGAGAGCUGAAUAUGAUCAGAGAAUAGAAGAAAUGAAGAAAGAGAUAGAAAACCAGAGAUCACAGUAUGAACAACAGCAGAAAGAAAGAGAAGAAGAAGACAGAAAGAGAGAAGAGAAAUACAGACAAGACCAAGACAAGAUGAGAAAUGAUAAUGAAAUUGCAAUGGCAGAUUUAAAGAAGAAACAGGAUGAAGAAAUAAAAAUAAGGGAUCUAGAGGAAAGAAAGAGGAUUAAACAAGAAGAAAAAGAAAGAAAAGAAUGGGAGAGAAGAAUAAAAGAAGCUGAAAAUGAUAGAAAAGAGACUCAAGAGCAAAUUAAACAACGGCAGAGAGAAUGGGAGGAUGAGAAGAAACGAAGAUUGCGAGAACGAAAGAAAGAAGAAAAAAUAAGAAAAGAAAAACACGAGGAACAACUGAGAGAAAAACAAGAAGAACUGGAGAAAAUGAGAAAGAGAUUUGAAAGAGAAAGAGAAGAAGAACGGCAGAAGAUGAAACAGGAGAGGCAGAAACAGAGAAGAGAAAGAGAAGAAAAAGAGAAAGAAUUUGAGGAAAAGAGACAGGAGACAAUGAGACAUUAUGAGGAGCUGGAGAGAGCGAGGAAAGAGGAGUGGGAGAGAAGAAAACGAGAAUAUGAAGAGAAACGAGAAGAAGAGAGAAAGAGAUGGGAGAACAUGAAAGAAGAUCUGAAACGAGAACAGGAAGAGGAGAUUAAGAGAAGAGAACUGAGAGAACAGAAAGACAAGGAAAUAAUUGAGUUAGAGAAAGAAGUUAAAAAGUUUGUUCAAAGCAUGCAAUUCCAGAAAGAAAAAGAAAUAAACGAGUUAAAAAAACAAGCUGAAGCACUCAAUGACCUCCUGAAAGACCAAAAGGGAGAGAAAAUAGAAGCUCUGCAAAAUGAAGUAAAAAUGUUCAGUGAAGGCCUGCAAAACCAAAAAGGAGACAAAAUUAAAAAAAUACGAGAUGAAGCUGAUAAACUCUGUCAAAGCCUGAUAAAGAAGAAAGAGGAGCAUUUAAAGAAUCUCCAAGAAGAAGCUGACAAGAAAAAAUGUGUCUUGAUGUGA